AUGGGGGCUCCAGCUCUGGUAAAACACCAAAACUGGGGAAGAACUACUUCUCAGAAAGAGGCCACAGCUUUCUCGGCAGUCACUGAAGCAGUAACAAUAACAGGUACCAGCGGAGGCAUCUCCACCCCCACUUCUGCAUCUGGAAUCUCCAUCACAAGCACCACUGGUGUGGUCAGAAGCACAACCAUUGUCCCUGGAAGUUCCAGCACAGAAACUACAGCUUUUACAACAGUCAGUAGUUCCACUGCUCCACAAAAGGAGACAGGUCCCACUGAGGUCAGCACUGGCACAACAGUUGUCCCUGCAGGUGUGAGCACAGCAGCCACAACUUCCUCUGGAGUCAGUGGGACCAGUGGAGCUGGAAGCCCUGCAGGAACCACCACUAAAGCGGCAGAGAGACCAACAGGCACGACUAGAGCAUACCCAACUCCAACAGCUGCACAUACGAGCUCCAGCUCUGAAGCCAGAACUUUCUCUGCAAUCACGGAAGCAGUAACAGUAACAGGGGCCAAGACUACUGCUCCAGGAAGCCAAGUCUCUGACAGGCAAACAGGUACCAGUGGCAGCAUCUCCAGCAUCACUUCUGAAUCUGGAAGGUCCAUUCCAAGCACUACUGGUGUGGCCAGAAGCACAACCUUUGCCCCUGGAAGUUCCAGCACAGAAACUACAGCUUUUACACCAAUCAAGAGUACCACUGCAGCAAAGAGGGAAGCAGGUCCCACUGAGGUCAGCACUGGCACAACAGUUGUCCCUGCAGGUGUGAGCACAGCAGCCACAACUUCCUCUGGAGUCAGUGGGACCAGUGGAGCUGGAAGCCCUGCAGGUACCAGUAGGGGCAUCUCCAGAAUCACGUCUACACCCGGAAUCUCCAUUACAGGCACCACUGGUAUGGCCAAAAGUACAACUGCUGCCCCUGGAAUUUCCAGCACAGAAGCCACAACUUCCACAAGCACCAGAACAACUGUAGCAAGAAAGGAAACAGGAGCAACCCCUGGAGCAUCAGUAAACCAAGAAACCAGAAGCACAAGAGGUACCACCAGGAUGGCUUCCGGCAGUACACUUGAACCUGGGAGUUCAAACACAGGUACAGCUGGCAUUGUUCUUGGGAGCAGCAGCAUUCCUGGAAGGCUCCACACAGGAGCCACCACUGGCACUGCUGGGAGGCCAAGCUCUGGAAGAGAAACAGGCACCACUGGUUCCAUCUCUGGCACAACGAUGAAACCUGAGAGGUCCAGCGCAGCUACCAGGAUUACUAGUGGUACAACCAUUGCUCCUGGGCACUCCAGUGUAGAAACCACAACUUCUACAGCAAUCAGGGUGACCACUACCAUGAGAACAACAACUGGUGCGUCCACUUCAGGACUAAGCAAGAACCCCACUGGAAGCAGAGUGCAAACAGAUACUACUCUUAUCUCAACCGAAGUUACGAGUCACCAAGAAGUUUCUAAACUAGGUUCCCCUGGGACAAGCCCUGGGACUACAGCCUCACCCACGAGUAUCCAAACAGAGGCCACAAGUAUUAAAGAAGUUGUGGGAAGCACAAGAGCAGUCAUUUCAUCAGGUACCCCUGGGACAUCCUCUGGCCCAACAAUUAUUUCUACAAGUUCUAACAUAGGUACCUCUAAGGAAGCACAUGAAACAACCAGAGCAACCAAAAGUACCAGCACAGGCUCUACUUCUGCUAGGGUAGAAGAAACCUCAGGAAGUCGAGCACAAACAGAAUCCACUGUAGUAUCAACAAGGAAUGUGGAAGCUGAAAAUGUAACAGGGUGUCCAGCCACUGCUCCACCAGCCCCAGUUUGUCAUGGACCACUGGGAGAAGAAAAAUCGCCUGGAGACACCUGGACUGCUAAUUGUCACCAAUGCACCUGCACGGAUGCACAGGCCUUAGACUGCAAACCAAAAGAGUGUCCUUCCCCACCCACCUGCAGGACCGGAGAGAAGCUCAUCCUGCUUAAAUCAAAUGAUUCCUGCUGUGAACUUGGACACUGCGAACCAAGGACAUGUUUAUUUAACAAUACUGACUAUGAGAUCGGUGCUUCAUUUGCUGAUCUCAGCAAUCCAUGUGUCUCCUACUUGUGCAGCCACAGGGGCAUAGAGGCAGUAGUCCAAGACUGCCCCAAGCAGAGCUGGUGUGCAGAGGAAAAUAGAAUCUAUGAUUCCAACAAAUGUUGCUAUAAAUGUAAGAAUGACUGCAGACCUACUCCUGUGAAUGUGACUAUCAAGUACAAUGGCUGCAAGAAGAAGAUUGAAAUGGCAAGAUGCAUAGGGGAAUGCAAAAAGACUGUCAAGUAUAAUUAUGAACAGUUUCAACUGGAAAAUUCCUGCCUUUGCUGCCGAGAAGAGAACUACGAGUUCAGAGAUGCUGUACUGGACUGUGCCAAUGACACGACACUACCUUACAGAUACCGGCACAUCACAAGCUGCUCCUGUUUGGACCUGUGUGCAGAGUCCCAGUCCUCCAGCUCCAGCUACUCCUCUGGCUCCUCUAGAUCCAGUGGGUCUGCCAGCUAAUUCCAAUACUGCCUUUCCAGUUGUAUUUAUUUCAU